CGGCGCCUAGCUGAAGGCCACCACAAAACACCAGCGGCGGCGAGGGAGCGACAGAGGAAGGCAGCCAUGGCCCGUAACGAAGAGAAGGCGAAUGCGAUGCUCAACCGAUGGACGUCCAUGAAGACGGACAUGUCCAAGGUCGUUCAUGGGCGCCGCCCGUUUGACACGAAAGAGUGCACAUCGCUCGCCGACGCCGAGCGCUACCGCCGCCAAGUGAUCCGCAUCAUCUCGCGCAAGGUGUCGGAGAUCCAGAAUGCCUCGCUUGGCGAGCACGUGAUCCGCGACCUCAACGACCUCAUCAACAAGCGCAUCGGCGAGAAGCACAUGUGGGAGAAGCGCAUCGUCGAGCUUGGCGGAUCACGCUACGCGUCGGGCAAGUUUGAAGACGGGUACGAGGCCGACGGCGUGACGCUGCAGAGCGGGAAGGGCUACAAGUACUUUGGCGCGGCAAAGAAUCUACCGGGCGUUCGCGAGCUCUUUGAGAAGAAAGAACCGCCCAAGCAGAAGCGGAGUCGAAAAGACAUGUACCUCGGCAUCGAGCCCGACUACUAUGGCCAGUUGGACGUCGCCGACGACGCCGACCUCGUCGCCGAAGAAGCAAUGAUGGAGGCCCGACGCAUCCAGGAAGCCAUUGCGGAGUGGGAGCGCAGAGAAGCCGAGAAGCUCGAGGCGCAGCAACAGCCGGCGCCGCUUCUAUAAGGCACACGACCCAGACAGCCUCGAGUCUGCGAGCAACAACCUCACUACGCCCUUUAAUUCUAUCUAAUCGUGCCAGUUCGACUUCAUGCAUCUUGC